AAUCAUUUAUCAUGCUUCUAAUUAGUCAUUUUUUUAAACAGUUUGCUUAUGAAUAAUGCAUGUAUUCUAUCUUUAUAAUAUUAGUGUCUAUGUAGUAAUAUUAGUGAGUAAUAUUUUUUAAUUAAUCAUACAACACAUCAUAUAUUUCUUAAUCAAGAAAAUAAUAUUAAAUAUGGAUACAAAUAUUAAAUUUAAUUCCAAAACAGAAGAAAAUAACAUAUUACCAAUAGAAAAAUCAAUAGAAAUUCCAAAAAAUAUGCCAUCAUUUAUAGAGCGAUAUUUUGAAUGUCGCUAUGCAAUAAAUGUUAAUGGAAAGUUAAAUCAAGAUUAUCGCGUACUUAUUCAUUCUAAUAACUUAUUUAUCUUAACAAUAGCUCCUUCUCAUAUAUUAAUGGGCAAUGUUAUUGAAAAAAUAGACUUUCAAGUUUCAGAUAACACAGAUAGGUCAAAAAAUAAAAUGUCUGGUAAAGGUAAACGAGGUGCACAAGUUGUACAAGCUGGUUCAACAUUAUUUAAGGUAACAUGCUCUAACAAAGAAGAAUAUAAAAUAUUAUCACCAGUUCCAGGAAAGUUAGUUGAAAUUAAUGCCAAAUUAUCAGACAAUCCAAAUCUCAUGUUAUUAAACUCUGACUGCCUUGGAUUUAUAGCAGUAGUAAUUCCACAAAAACAAAGAUUUGAGAAAAUUAAAAAUGAUCUAUUAACUCAAGAUCAAUAUCAUGAAUCAAUAAGUUCUAAUACUGAAUAAUUAAAAAAUAAAGAUAUGUAUUAAUUAUUAAUUGUUGUAAAUUUCUGAUUAUAUAAGAUAUAUUUAGACUGCAUAAAAAUGCUUUAAUUAUUAUUGUUAGUAUAGUUAUUUUAAGUACUUAUUUUAAUUCAUUUAAAAUAUCAUAUUUUUGAAAAAUAAUAUAAAUUUCAGU